CGAUCAAGCAGCUGAAGGAAGCUCUACGUGCUAUGGCGCGCGAUUCAUCCGACGCGAGUCCGGGAUGGCAGCCGUACGGCCGCACUGGCGUGUCGGUCUGCUGGGACGAGAUCGCGCAGGAAGAGGUUGCGUGCUACUUCCCGCAUGCUGAUUCGGUUGGUGGCUUAUGCCGGGAACACACUGCGGUGGGGUGGAUCUACGGCUUCGUACUUUCCAGAGUGCCACCAACAUUGCGGAGAGCCUCGACAAAGGCUACGUACACUUUGGGAAGGAGGUGUCCGUUCUUGGGCUCACCUCGUUUGGUGAUGUUUUCCGUGGUGCACUCCCCAUUGCUGUAUCACCGACAUGCAAGUCGGAGACCCCAGAGGAAGGUGCUGAGAUUCUACGGACCAUCUUUGCGGCGUGGAAAAGCAACCCGGACUUGGAGAAGUACCUUGGUCCGCUGUGGUCAUUUGCAUCAGACGGAGAUGCAGGUCGCCGCGCAAUGGUCUAUAGCAUGUUCAUGUCAAGAACGAUCGGGUCAUCAGAUCCCCUGCACAAGAUUGUUGGACAACUACCUGGUUUAAACCUCAACGUCGGCGAUGACAACAUCACUGCGGAUUUUGACUGGAAACAUGAGAUCAAACGUCUUGGCCGCCUCAUGCGUACUCAGGAGGGAAUUGUUGUUGGCGACACUAUCGUCAACCGCCAUACCAUUUCCAGUCAUCUGCGGCGCAUCCCAGGAAUGUCGGAGGCUGCUGUUGAUCGCCUCAUGAAUCCAUCAGAUUCUCAGGACGUACCCCGCGCAAUCGACUUACUCCGUGCCAUAUCAUCGCUCUCAGAUCUCUCCUUGGACCAGUACUCUCCCACGGAACUUCAAGAACAUCGGGCAAUCACAGUCGUUGGGGAAAUGCUCUCGGCAUUCGUGGAUGCGUUCAUCCGUCCUGAGUGGUCCCUGACGCAGCAGGUCAUCUCGUUGAGCAAGUAUGCUCACAUGAUCUUUGCGCUGUACCGACAACAUCAGACGAGCUUCAUGCCCAAUCAACUUUACGGUGACACGCAGACGACAGUCAAGAAUGCUAUCUUUUGCAUCGCGAAGCAGCAGCUGCUUGACGGGACGCAGUGUUUCUAUCUCUAUGACACAGGCGAUGAUAAACUCGAGGAGCUCUUCGGCUCCGUGCGCAUGCAGGGUGGGCAUAACCCGAACUUCUCUUUCAAGCAGCUCAUCGACCGCCUUGGUGCCGCGGUUGAUAUUGAUGCUGUCUUUAUGUUACGUCGACGUUUGUUUUCCUUUAUUUUGCGCUUGACCGUUGUACUACCUUAG